UUGUACUUAACGAUAAUUAUGCAAUAAAAUAAUAAAGCAUUUCAUAUGAUUCACAUAAAAUUCCCCUUAUAAAUAUCACUUCUUCACAACUCAUUCUAACUCAUUUCAACCAUGGAAGACUUCUUGUUCUACAUAUCCCUCUCCCUUAUCUUCCUGUUCUUCACCUUCAAAUUCCUCCUCGUGAGAAAACGACCUCAACUUAACCUCCCACAAGGCCCACUUUCCCUCCCAAUCAUCGGCCACCUCCACCUCCUUAACUUCCCAGUCCACCGAACAUUACACCACCUCUCCCAAAAACACGGCCCCAUAUUCUCCCUCUGGUUCACCUCACGCCGCGUGGUCAUAGUCUCCUCCUCGUCCGCAGUUCAGGAAUGCUUCACCAAAAAUGACAUUGUCCUAGCCAACCGCCCACGUUUGCUCAUGGGCAAGCACAUAGGCUACAACUACACCACCGAAGUCGCUUCUCCAUAUGGCGAUCACUGGCGCAACCUCCGCCGGAUUAGUGCCAUCGAAAUCUUCUCCACUGCUCGACUCAAUACAUCCUCGAACAUCCGAAAGGAAGAGGUCAAACACUUACUAGUCUCAUCCGAAGACUGUACUAUUGAAGGAUUUGACGUGCCGCGUGGCACAAUAGUAUUGACCAAUGCAUGGGCCAUACACAGGGACCUAAAGUUGUGGGACGAUCCUGAAAGCUUCAAGCCUGAGAGGUUCGAAAGUGGUGAGGAUAUGUCGCAUAAGCUUAUAACAUUUGGAUCGGGAAGAAGGGCUUGCCCAGGAGCAGGACUAGCCCAACGCGUGGUGGGAUUGACUUUAGGGUCAUUGAUCCAAUGUUUCGAGUGGGAGAGAGUUGGUGAGGAGGAGGUUGAUAUGACUGAAGGUAAAGGACUCACUAUGCCUAAAGCUGUGCCAUUGGAGGCCAUGUGUAAAACACGCUCAAUUGUAAACAAAGUAAUUAUAUCUUAAAUUAUAUAAAUAAUUUAGUAUUGUAUUAGCAAAAGAGGGAAGCUGCAAGACAUAGUUAAUGAUCUUUGUCUACUUAAUUGAUAUACCAUUCCUAUUCCCCUUUUCCAUUUUCAA